AAACUCCUCCCUUUCUCCGAAGUGAGGCCGUCGUCAUUAAGUAUUAGGCGUCGUCUCACUCGUGCCACGCUACGCCUCCGCCAUCGGCCCUCCUGCAACAGCAGCAGCAGCAGAGGCAGCGGCAGCAGCAGAACGCCCCGUGACCGUUGAUCUCCGCAUAGUAGAACAUCCGACGCACGCACUCGCUUUCGGGAGUCAUUCGAGGGAAGCAGUCAUGAGUUUUCGAACCGCAAACUGGCAAGCCAUGGAAAAGCAGGGGAAAUUUACUGCGUUGUUUAUAAGCUGGCUUCUAGGAAAUGGAUCCCUGUUCUCAUGGAACAGCAUGCUGACGAUCGAGGAUUACUAUGCCAAUCUCUUUCCGAAAUACCACCCGACGAGAGUACUCACUCUCGUCUACCAACCUUUUGCCCUCGUAACCACUGCCGUACUAGCAUAUCAUGAAGCGAAAACCAAUACCAGGCUCCGCAACUUGGCUGGAUAUAUACUGUUCUUCGUAAGCUCGCUGGCGCUGGUUGUGCUUGAUGUGGCAACGUCGGGCAAAGGUGGGAUCGGCGCCUUUAUCGGUGUGUGUAUUGUGAGUGCAGCGUUUGGUACCGCCGAUGGCCAUGUUCAAGGAGGGAUGGUUGGUGAUUUGUCUUUGAUGUCCCCAGAAUUCAUUCAAUCUUUCAUGGCUGGGCUUGCAGCAUCCGGGACCCUGACCUCUGCACUGAGACUAAUUACCAAAGCAGCAUUCGAUGGCUCCCAAGAUGGUCUUCGCAAGGGAGCCACAUUGUUCUUUGCAGUUUCCGCGUUCUUCGAGCUGCUUUGCGUCUUCCUUUAUGCUUUCGUCUUCCCUAAACUACCAAUCGUUAAGUACUAUCGAGCGAAAGCAGCUUCUGAAGGAUCACGAACUGUUGCUGCCGACCUUGCUGCUGCUGGCAUCGAAGCACUCCCCGACACCGGCACAGAGGAGGAUCCCAAACGUCUGGAGCGUCUAAGCAACAAACAGCUGUUGGCACAAAACAUAGAUUACGCAAUUGACAUCUACUUGAUCUAUGUCUUGACACUGUCAAUCUUCCCUGGAUUCUUAUCCGAGGACACGGGCUCCCACAACCUGGGAUCAUGGUACGCACUCGUUCUGAUCGCCAUGUACAACGUAUGGGACCUCAUCGGUAGAUACGUACCUCUCAUAAAGUGCCUCAAGCUGACAUCGAGGAAAGGCCUCAUGGCCGCAACGCUGGCGCGCUUCCUAUUUAUUCCGGCAUUUUACUUCACAUCCAAGUAUGGAGCGGAAGGUUGGAUGAUCAUGUUGACCUCCGUCUUAGGACUCACCAAUGGCUAUCUCACUGUUUGUGUUCUUACGGACGCACCGAACGGAUACAAGGGACCUGAGCAGAAUGCCUUGGGGAAUUUGCUGGUAGCAUUUCUCAUAGCAGGUCUAUUCUCGGGUGUUGCGCUUGAUUGGCUAUGGCUGAUCGGUAAAGGCUGGUGAUGCUGCAGUGGGCUACCAGGCAAUGUCCGAUGCACUUGUGCAAAUAAAGACACAGCUGAUGGACUUUGGUGUAUUUAUUGGUACAACGAUUGUGCUACUUGUCUUAUGGUAUUUAUAUCCGAGAUCUUCUGUCAUUGCAGCUCGAUCAAUAAUUCGGGUUUAAUUUGAG